UCAUCCUGAUCUGUAUGAUAUCUGAUGCUGAGUGUCCACUGACAAUUGAUAAUACCACAGCCCACGAAGAUCAUCCAUUAACGCCUUGAAAGGGCCCUGGAGAAUUGAAGGAUGCGUCUUUGACAGGUGCAUCUCUCCACAAAUAGCAAAGCUGAGCAAAGGGACCGGUCCCUAUAAAAAGCCAGGGACAUGAUUUAGAUUUUCAAAAGAGACCUGCCAAGACUCAAGCUGAGAAAGUCUACAUAAGUGGCAGCAUGGAGGACGAUUUUGCUUGCCAAGUCAAGAAGAUGGCCUUGGCCAUGGGAGCAUCCCUGACGGACAAGGAUCUUGACCUGCUGCCUUCAGACAUGAGGCAUCAUGCUUCAUUCAACUAUGCCAAAUUCUUCGACUAUAUGCAGAAGUUUUUGACGUCAGAUCAGCGAGAAACGCACUUGAAAAAGGCUUUCCAGUUGCUUGACAAGGAUGGUAGUGGCUUCAUUGAAUGGAAUGAAAUCAAGUACAUCUUAUCCACAGUGCCCAGCAACAUGCCCUUGGUGCCCUUAUCAGAUGAAGAAGCUGAAGCUAUCAUCCAAGCAGCUGAUACAGAUGGAGAUGGGCGGAUUGAUUUUCAAGAGUUUUCUGACAUGGUCACAAAGGAGAAGAUUCCAAAGAAAAAAUAGAAGAGGAACAGAUGAGCCUUUUUCAACUUUCCCUACUCAGAGUGUUGUGCAGGGUGGGGGUACUGGAGCUUGCCUGUGCAUCUGUUCUUUUUGUCAGACCCCCCUCUGUAUUACUUUGCUAGAUGGGAGGGAAGAACUCUUCCACUGAGUCUGGUCUUGCCAAGAGUGUAGAGAGCCAGGGCUUCCCCCUUGAGGACAGGAAGAUAUCAGGGGGAGUCAAUGCUGCUCUCUCCUAACCAGGGAGUCCAUUAUGAAAUUCCUCAUGCCCCUUGAAAUAUUUGAAAUGUUUCCAUGAGGGGGGAUAGAUAUAUAUAUCCUCACAGACUUAUUAUUUAGCCCAAAAUGCCCUUCAGCAGAAGCAAAAACCCCCAAAGUAAAAUCCCACUCUCCAGAUCUUUAGGAAAAUAGUUUCCAGAGACUCAGGCUUCCACUGGCUUUGUGGCAACUCACUACUCAGCCCUUGCCCAUCAGCUGUAUCUUUCCUUCUCCCUAGAGUCAGUUUAUGUCUAUUGCCAUUGACUUCUGCCUUUGCCAGAGGCGAGUCUGGUUGCCUGACUGCAUGAUAUCCAAUAGUUACAUAUCUGCAUUAGGCAGAACAUGAGAACCGACGAGUGAUGUAUAUACAUAUACAGUAUGUGCAUCUUUAGAGCCCACCUCCGAGUACUGUGUUCUGCUUCCUGAUCCCAUUGCCAUCCUUCCCGAAGAGAGCUAUACAUGCAAAAUAGAUCAGCUACUUUUGUCACAUUCUGGUAAAAGCAAAUAAAGCCACUCUCCUGUGUUA